AUGCGUUGGCUAAUAUCUAUAGUUCUCAUACAACUGUCAUUAGCACAAGUUUUCAAUAUCCCAUUGCCUUUUGGAGGCUUGGGAUUCAAAAAGACGGAUGAUGGUAAAGUUGAGAUAGUGGGGGGACAAGAUGUGAACCUAUUCGGAUGGGGUGGACGAAGGAAUGUGAAAGUUGUUGCAGGCAAUGGGACUUUCAAUAUUCAAAAAGAAGAUGCUGCAUACGUCAAUGGCUCUGAAUAUGGUGGAGCCAACUCUUUUGAAUUCGACAAACAACGAGGAAUAGAUGUUGGCACAAAUCUGACCUUAGCCAAUCAGAAGGCUGUUGGUGGACUUGGAAAAGAACUUGGAUUUCUUGAAGGAUUAUUUUCAGCUCUUCGGGGAUUAGGAUCUCCAUUGGCACCUCCUGUUAAGCCAAAUUAA